GUGUGUGUGUGUGUGUGUGUGUGUUGUGUGUGUGCGUGUGUGUGCGAGUGCGAGUGUUCCUCCAUGAAGAAGAAGAAUCGAGGUUGGCCGUCAGCGCUCCUCAGCCGCACACACGCUCGCAGCCUCACCGCACCGACGGCGUGGCGCCAUGCUGAAGCCGGGCGAGGCAUCGGCGAGCGGGGCGUCGGCCUUCCUCAAAGUGGACGCAUCGGCGUACCUUCAUCACUGGCAGCAGCUUUUCCCGCACACGCCGCUCAAGGGGGACGCCUUGGCGGGGGUGGCGGCCCCCGCCGCUGAGAACCCCGCGCUGGGACGCCUCCUCCAAGUGAAGGAGCGGCGCUGCGGGGGCGUCGGGGUGGUGUCCUCCAGCGUCAAGAGCGGCGGCGAGGAAGACGGGAAGGCCGCCGCGUCGGCGUCCGCGCGGGCGGCGGACGGGACGAAGCUGACCGCCGAGGAGUUGGACUACUUCCUGUACGGACAGCAGAGGAUGGAGAUCAUACCCGUCAGCAGCCACAACGCCGACGUCAACAACCGCUGCGACAUGUGCGCCGACAACCGCAACGGCGAGUGUCCCAUGCACGGACCGCUUCACUCCCUGCGGAGGCUGGUGGGCACCAGCGGCACCGCCCCGGCGCCCCUCCCACUUCCCGACGUUCCCGACUGGCUCAGAGAUCUGCCCCGAGAGGUGUGUCUCUGCACCAGUACCCUACCCGGCCUGGGGUACGGAAUCUGCGCCGCCCAAAGAAUUCCCCAGGGUACCUGGAUCGGACCCUUCCAGGGCACCCUGCUCACGCUGGACAAAGUCCGUUGCGGAGCCUCCAGGAACACGCGGCACUUGUGGGAGAUUUACGACUCCGAGGGAACGUUGUGUCACUUCCUGGACGGCAACGAUCCGGCCAAAUCGAGCUGGAUGAGGUACAUCCGAUGCGCCCGACACUGCGGAGAGCAGAACAUGAUGGUCGUUCAGUACAGGUCGAGCAUCUUCUACCGGGCGUGCCUGGACAUCCCCCGAGGAAGCGAGCUCCUCGUUUGGUACAAUGACUCGUACACUUCCUUCUUCGGAAUUCCGCUGCAGUGCGUCGCUCAGGACGAAAACCUGAACGUGCCGGCGUCGGUGUCGGAGGUGAUGUCUCGUCAGGAGUCCUUGCAGCAACAACAACAACAACAACAAGCCUUCGGCAAAAGCCGUCACGCGCCGUCGGCGUCCUCGUCGGCGUCCGUGCGCUCCAUGGUGUUCCCUCAGAUGGCGUGCGGCAGAAGUUUCUCGGCGGCGGACAAGAGCGGAGCGCCGUUCCUGUCGUCCGAGUCCUCCUUCGGCCAGCUGUCCUCCAAGAACCAAAGAGUCCUGGCCAGUCCCACGUCCACCAGCCAGCUCAGCAGCGAGUUCAGCGACUGGCACCUGUGGAAGUGCGGCCAGUGCUUCAAGACCUUCACGCAGAGGAUCCUGCUGCAGAUGCACGUCUGCCCGCAAAACCCCGACAGGCCGUACCAGUGCGGCCACUGCUCGCUGUCCUUCUCGCAGCCGUCGGAGUUGCGCAACCACGUGGUGACGCACUCCAGCGACCGGCCCUUCAAGUGCGGCUACUGCGGACGCGCCUUUGCCGGCGCCACCACGCUCAACAACCACAUUCGCACGCACACGGGCGAGAAGCCCUUCAAAUGCGAGCGUUGCGAGCGCAGUUUCACUCAGGCCACCCAGCUGAGCCGUCACCAGAGAUUACCCAACGAAUGUAAACCCAACGGCGACGGAUCGGUGGGCGGCGAGUCCAUCGAGGUGGACUAGAACCCGACGCGAGCCGGCGGAAGCCGCCGUCCUCCCUCCGUCGCCGCUCCGCCGACGGCGACGUACCAAAGCUCUUCCAAAGCACGACCAAAGUUCUCCCCACCAAAGCGCUAACGGAGUUGGCCCAACUUCCUGCCACUGUUCUACUGAUGUUCUACCAAAGCUCUCGCAAAGCACUACUGACGUUCAAAGUUCUUCCCGUGUCCUUCCUCAGUUGUAGCACCCAAUUUUUACUCAAGUUCCAUCCCAAUUCUACCCGUGUUCUCCCAACACCCUUCUACUGAAACUUCUACUGGAGUUCUUCCAAAGUUGUACAAAAUGUAUUCCCCCCCCCCUUUUUUUAACGACUAAUGUCUGCCUCAAGUCUACCCCAGUUCUUCCAAAACGGUGCCAGACUUUUACCAGUACCACCAAAGGUCUCCACUUUUUUUUUUCUACGCGAUACCUAAGUGAGAGUGAUGUUCUACCAAAGAUGAGUAAAAUUUCUCCCCGAAUCCAAUCAUUGUCUGACCACAUCCUACCCAAGUUGUGCUGAAGUUCCCCCAAAGCUUCUUCGGGUUCCACCAAAGGUCCAUCAAUGUUAUCCUCAAUCGUCAAGCCAGCUUUUGCCAAAGUUCCGCAAAAUGGCCGGCAAAGUCGACUCGCCGGCGUGACCCCAAAGUGCUUCCAAGGUUGCAUCAGAAUAAGACCAAAGAGCGGCGUUCUGCAAAAUAUCCACCAACGUCCC